UUAUACAAACCAGAAGCAAAAACGACGUCGUAGCUUUUACCUAUUCAGUAAGGGUAAUUCAGAUUAGCUAACUAGGUGUGUUCACUCUUUCCUCUUAUCCAAUCCCAACUCCAAAUGGAACAAGAUACCCAACUCCCAAUCCCAAGCAACGAUCAAAACGUCGACGUUUUCUUCGACGCCCUCGACGAUUUCCCUCCCUCCUCCGCCGACGACGACGACGACCAACCCGAUCAAUCCACGUCAUCCUCCACCCUCGAUGUCCCCGAUUCCAAACCCUCUCCGAUCUCCCACCUCCGUCUCCGGCCCUCCCGCCGAGAACUCUCCGGCGACGACUCCAAGACCUCCGCUUUACACUCCUCCCAAACCGACCCAAUCAACGACGCCAGGCUCAAUUACCGAGGCAGAAGGUUCUUACUUCGCCGGAAUUUGAAGCCGCCGGAGUCGAUUCAGGACCCGGUCGGACCGGUGCCAGCUCCGAGCGACCAGAAAGACGAGGGCUCGACUGUAACUACCGCCGCCGACGAUGACCGAGGCGGCGACUCGGCCGACUCGGCCAUGCAACUCGGUGACUCUUCUUUUAACCCUCUUGUGUUCAUAGCUGGAUUGAUAAUCAAAGCAAUUGGGCUCCAAAUUAAUCUGAUAAUUAGCAUUGUGACAUUCCCAGCUUGGAUUUUGUAUAAUUCUUACAUGCUUUUGGUUGACCCUUUACAAAUUGUGGGUAGAGGGAGAGAGUUUUUGAAGGCAAAGUUGGUAAAUUUAUCGGCAUUGGCUGCCGGAGCGGUUAGUCCUUUGGUUGGUGAGUGGGUGAAGGACAAGGACUCGGUUUGGAAGGUGGCAUUGCGAUUCGGGUGGGGUUUGCUAUGGGCGUGUUAUGUAGGUUUCUUGUUGUGUGGUCUUUUGGUGUCGUCGCUUGUGUUUAGUGGGGUUUUUAUGAGGUACAUUGUGGUCGAGCCGCUGCAGAUGAAGGAAAUGUUGAACUUUGAUUACACAAAGCAUAGUCCGGUGGCCUAUGUGCCGGUGGUGUCGUGUGCAGGGGUCGGUUGUGGUGUGGAUUGUAAAGAGAAGGUUCGGGAUGGGGGGAUUUUCGGGUAUAGGGUUAUACCUCCUGGUCACAAAUUGGCGGCUAGUGUUAAGUUUGUGUUGCCUGAAUCGGAGUACAACAGGAAUCUUGGGAUCUUUCAGGUCAGGGUACAGUUCCUGUCUGCUGAAGGCAAAACCCUUGCCAGUUUGAGCCAUCCAUGCAUGUUAUAUUUUAAAAGUGAGCCAAUCCGCCUUCUAUUGACGUUCAUAAAGAUUGCUCCUCUUAUAUCUGGCUACAUUUCAGAGUCCCAAACUCUGAAUCUGAAGUUCCGAGGGUUUGUGGAAGGUGAUAUUCCUACUGCCUGCUUGAAAGUGACAAUCGAACAACGUGCAGAAUACAAUCCUGGCGCUGGUAUUCCCGAAAUAUACGAUUCAUCCAUGACCCUUGAAUCGGAACUUCCCCUGUUUAAAAGGAUUAUAUGGAACUGGAGGAGAACUUUAUUUGUUUGGAUGAGUAUAAUGAUGUUCAUGAUGGAGAUGCUCUUUACUCUUGUCUGUUGUAGACCUCUAGUUAUUCCGAGAGCAAGGCCAAGGGCUGCUUCUGUCAGCACCAGUCCCACUCAAACUCAAAGCAGCCCGCCGGUACGAAACUAGCUGGAAGAUGCUGGUAUUUAUUAAAGUAGGGUAGUAGGGUAACCCUUGAUAGAUGUUCUCACUGUUUAGUCUAUUAAUUAGUCUUUAGCUUCAAAUUUUCCACCCAUUUUUUUUAAUUCUUUGAACAGCAGUGUAAAUAAGGCCGAAUGUGUUUUGGAAUUUAGUUUCCGUAUAAAUGCUGGAAAGUGCAUAUGCAUUUUGUUAAUA